CUAUGUGGCAGAACAAGGAGACAACAAGGCAGCAAUGCUCAACAAGCUCUUCUUUAUCCUGGAGGGAGUUCUGCCAUUCUUACAUGUGUUCUACACAGACUUCUACUCCUGUGACAGCAACGUCUACCCUCAUGAGGAGUCUGCAACUGAAAGUCUGGCUACAGCUCUCACUGGGCUGAUGGACCAACUUGGCACUGAGUUGAAGUCUCCGCUGUACCUGAAGAAUGCAGUCACUUGUGUCAGCACUGUGCUGUCUGUGUCAUCCUCAUCGUCAAAAAUCAUGGCUGAGAUUCUUGGAAAGCUGACAUCUGACAUGAAGUUCCUGGACAUGGUGACAGCUGUCCGACGAGGAAACAUGGAGUAUUAUACAGCAGAGAUGGAGUUAAAUGCCAAGUUCCAUAACUUCACCAGAAACUGUAGCCAGGUCCAAUGUGGCUACAACACAGUUACUGCCCAGCUCAAGAUAAAGUCACAGAGAGAAUACAUUUCUGACAGCAAUGAGGAGCUUCCCCUGGGUGAGGAGUUCCAGAAACUAGUCCGAUGUUUCAUUGAUUUUCAUGAACAGAAAAUAACCAAGAGAUAUGCUAGAGCUGGAAUUUUGCUAGAACAGCUGGCAAUUUCUGCGGUUCAGUGUAAGCUUCCACAACGCACCCUGCCAACCUCAGAACAACUGGAUGUCAGAUGUUUACAGAUCCUGAGAGCUUUAGUGCACAAUGAAGAGAGAAAGUUGCCUGAGGACUGGGCCAACCGCAUGUUGGAGUCGAAGAUUAGAAACCAAAUAAAUACAGUCAAAGAUGUACAGAGUGCACUCAACUCCCACAAUGCAAUUGUCAAGGUUCUGCCUCACCUGGCCAGACGGAGUGACAACAUUGCCAAGGAGGUUCUCGGAUUUAUCUGCCUCAUGCUCUUCAAUGCCAACAGAGACGUCCAGAAGUCCAUGUUAGAUUAUUUCCUGUCAACAAGAGAGGAAGUGUUUUUCCUGGCCGUUCGGGACCGGAUGCAGGUGUCAACAAAUGCCAUCAAAGAAAAGCGCAGCCUGCUAGCCCAGCACAAUGCCAGGAAAAAGGAAGCUCUCAGUACCAACGCAGUUUCCAGCAAAAAUCUGACUAUAGAGAAACAAGCUUUACAGCAAAUUCACUUGUUUGAGCAGAAGAUGAAGACAGAAAAACUGGCAGGAUGGAGAGCCUUGGCCCAAGCCAUGGAGUCCUCCGACAAACACAGACAGAGAUUUUCUUGGAGAAAGAAAACCGUCCGGGGUAAAGGCGAUAAGAGCAGAGCAGUGAACUCUACAGCAGAGAAAAGAUCCAAGCUUGUGAAUGGAACAAGUCGAGACACAAUAGCUCUGAUUGAAAACUCCAGGACUGAAGUGGAGAUGAAAGAGGUCCUUGUGAGUCCUGAGGACUUGCAAAAUAACUCAGUGACCCUUAGUGAAAUCAUGGAUGAAGGGGUCAAGGACAUGCUGAAGUACAAAGAUGAAGGUUACAUUGAACUGGUCCUGAAGUUGUUGGCCAGAAUCUGUGAUGGUCAACAUACUGGACUGCAAAACUAUUUACGAGAGCAACCUGACAACGUCAAGUCGUUCAACAUCAUCGGAGAGACGGCCCAGUUUAUGAACGUGGUCUACGCAACAAUCAACAGCGGCACCAUUGACCUGGUCAUUCAGUUGUUCAGUACCCUUAAUGAGUUUGUUUCUGGUAACCAGGAGAACCGGGUGGUUGUGUACGAUAUGAAGGUCAUCGAUUACAUUAACUUUAUUCUCCGAGCUGGGGAGAUUGGUGACUGUACCAUAGAGAAGGUGAUUGAGCUGCAGCAGAUGAUUGGCUCCCUGAUAAUCUCACUGACAGAAGAGAAUGGGCAGCAAGCUUCCCAGGUGGCAACGGAAGUUAAAGAUGCCCUGGACAAAGAGGCCAUGUAUCGAUGCCUGACCUCAUUCUACGAGCUACAUCAGACAGAUAAAAAAGAUCAGACACUGUCUCUCGGGUUUGGCGGAGGAUAUUUACAGUCAGCCAAAACGAUCGCCAUUUUUGGGAGGUCGAUAAUCCAGGGGGUGCUUAAAGGGAAGAAGAAGAGUGCCCUGAGGGAAAGUGUCAUCAAAGUGGGCUUCACCUUUUACCUGAUUCUGGCCCGAAUGAUUGACAUUGACCCACUGCUGGUGGAAAACCUGAAAUUGACACCGGAAAACAUAAAAGCAUUUGAGUACUACAGGAAAAACUGUCUAUCAAUUGAGAUCGUCAAAGAUGACAUUCUGCAGAAAGUCAACUUCAGAGUCAAGAAUAAGAGUGUACUACGAGAUGAGGUGAAAGAAAAACUCAAGUGGAACGUCGACCGAACGUCUCCCAGCAACAAAAUCCGAGACCUCAUGGGCUGGACCAGGGAUGUGAUGAGGGAUAUUUCCUACCAGAGGAAGAUUCUCGAUCACCCCAUCUCAAAGUUUUUCACAAAAGGAUGGCUCUUGUGGAACUACGGUGCCAUCGUCAUCAGUCUGGCUAUCAACAUCAUCAUGCUCGUCACAUGGAAUGCCAAGGCCGUCAUUGAGGACUGCGCCAAACUGGAGGGCAAUAAUGGUUCCCUCAUAUGUCCAGAACUAUAUGAUCCAAUACCAGUCAUCAGAAAGUUUGCAAUGCCCGAGUAUCAGAUCACCAUGUGGGUUUUAAGUGGAGUCCACAACUUGUUGUCGCUGUUCGUGCUCAUCACCUACUUCCUGUCUUACCAUCCUCGACUGCCCCGCUGGUCGGAGAUCACUGAAUGGUUUAGUCAGCUGUGUGGCAAAACCAACUCAGAUGAUGAAGAACAGGAGGUAGUGAAGCAAGAAGAGCCACCAUCGAAGCUGAACAGCAAAUUCUUCAGCUUCACAACAUUUUAUUAUUUG